CCUCAAUAAUGUGUCGAGGUCUUUGCCUCUCUUAUCCCCUGUGAAGGGUUUAGGAGCGGCGAUGGCCGUCUUUGGUACCCACUGAGUUUGCCCCGGUCCCUGCAUCACUCGGGUUGUGGACCCUAUGACACAGGCUGCUGUGCUAGCUGCUGGGGCUGUGUACCCUGCGGCUGCACAGGUUGCGAGACAGCAGGCUGCAAGAUGGCAGAUCCUAUCUAGCCUAAACUACAAUGCCGAAGAUGACGUCAACAGCUUUCCCGAAGUACGAGCAUACAGCGACCAAUGUCGAACGCUUCCAGCACCAGUCGCACCUCAUCUUCAAUUCGAUUUGUGUGUGCAGUCGUGGGCCUACCGCCUUUAUGCGAAAUCAAAGAUCGUUGUUCACUACAGCAUUGAAGGCGCAGCUGGGAUCACAUUUGUUAUUCUUAGAGGUGAAGAAGCUCUGCACGACUGGAAGGAGAGUCCAUUACGCUACCAGGCAUACGAGUAUCAGACCUUCCUGCAUGGCAAGGGAAGAGCUCCAGAUUUGGGAGAAGAUCCGUUCACUGCUGCGGCUGAUGGCGAUUACUUCUUCGUGUUUGGAAAUCUCCAGCGAUCACGGAUCAAAAUGAAUGUCACCUUUGUGGUGGAAAGCCUGGUUUAUGAUAUACCUGGUGACGCCGAUGAUGACGAUGAAGUGACAACUUGUGACUUGCGAAAGCAUGGAAAAUGUUCUGUUUAUAUGCCCUUAUUUUCACGUCGUUACGCUGUUGUGGCAACUCCAGAUAGCUUCAUGGGUGCAAGUGUUUGGCAUGUAACUGUUAGCUAUGGAAACCGGUGGAGGGCAUAUUUUCUGUCAGUUGGGGUUGUGUUGCUUGUAUUACUGUGUACCAUGGCUUGUAUGAAGAAGCGUCUACAGUACCAGUAUGAUGGCUACGAGGAGGUCAGGCCAGGGUCACCACAUGCACAUUUUCCCGGUGGCUCCCAAAAUGCAUCUGGACAAGAUAUUGAUGGAGGGCUGCACCCAGAUUACAGUGUUGGGCCAUGGAGGCCCAUUUCAUCUCCACCUCCACCACCACCACCGCUGCUGGCGCCACAAUACUCACCUUUCCAAAUGCCAUCACCCGAAGUACCACCUGGAGCACCGAGUGGAGCAGGAACAGCAUUCCCAAUGCCAUCUUUUCCUUAUCAGGAUCCAGCAAACCCCAAUGUUAGCAGGGACCACAUGCCUCAUGGCUAUGUUGCAGAGGGAGAAGCAACAAGUGCAGGGGACUUGGCACCAUCUGCACCUCCGAUGGAAAAAGAGCCAUGGAAUAAGGACGAGAAGGCAGCUGAAAAGGAAAAGGGCACAGUUACAAAGCCCCGACACUUGCGGUUAGAGAAUCCUUGUGCAGUUUGUUUCGACGCCCCGAAAGAUGCCAUAUUUGAUCCAUGUGGUCAUAGGGCAACUUGUCAUGGCUGCGCAGUCAGGUUGCAGGAGUCCAAGACUGCUCAAUGUCCUAUCUGUCGGGUGCAGAUCAAUCAGGUUAUCAAGGUGUUUGAUACAUAAGAGGUUUGGCUGUCAUUCAGUCUUCGCUCAACUGAGACCAUGUGGAAUGGCAACAUAUGGCAUUCGAUCAUUCGAACUCGAAUUGAACCAAGCGGGAUUCUUGGGCCUGAAAGUCGCGUGAUCAGCUAAGUGAAAUGACCAUCCCUGGUGGACAUGUCCCUAGGGGUUUUACUUAAUCGAUCCGGUGAUCUAUGUCGGAUUGUCAGUGUGACCAUCCCUGGUGGACAUGUCCCUAGGGGUUUUACUUAAUCGAUCCGGUGAUCUAUGUCGGAUUGUCAGUGUACGCGUCCUGGAAAUGAUCGUGCAUUAUUUCUGUGGAAGUCGAUGAAAAGCAGCAGAACAGCAUUUCAUCAUUAGGAGGUGAUAGCCCAAGCUGUCUGGCCUGCGCUACCUUUGAAUGCAACACGUGCUACGUGUAGAUGAUGACUGGUGUGCUGACCUUGUACUUUGUGUGUGUACUGUCUCUUAUACACAUCUAGAUGUGUAUAAGAGACAGGCAUGAAGGAGUGUCUCAUCUCAUCAUCACUCCUAACUUUUUUUUUUUUUUUUUUAAUUUAUUGGGAUGAUCUUGGUGGUGCAGAAAUGUUCAACUGUCAAACCAAAAAAAAAAAAAAAAAAAGAUUCUGUUNGCAGGUAGGGUGCAUAAUGUGCAUGGUGAGACAUCUUACCAUGCAUAUGUUCUAUAAUGUGCUGGUGUUUGUAUAUCUGUGGCCUGAUUUUGUGAUUGCCACUAAUUGAUGCUUUUGAUUUCCAUACAUUACUCGUACAUUAUUCAUAGGCGAGGGUCUGGGAGGUUGAAUUGUAAAGAGAGGAAGCAGUCCAUCAACUGCUGGGGCGUAUUCCGCUAUCUUGUCCAUGCUCAUUUGUACAAAUGUUGUCAAGGCUCACCAGGGUGUGAGAAGUGGAAUCGUAAAUGGAUGAAUACGUCUGGUCUGUGUAGUUCUUUAGAGAUAUUGCUAGUGCACGAGCACUGGCCACUGGAUACACCUAUUGCGCGUUGGCUGGUGGUUAAAUACAUUUGUGGUGACUUUGGGGGGGGGGGGGGGGGGGUAUAGCAAGAAGAAUUUGUGUGUCAUCACUAGACAUAGGACACAUCCAACUGUCUAUUUCACUGAGUUGUCCUCGUGUCAGACUCAGCCACUUGUUAGUGGGCAAUUGCCAAGUAAGCACUGUGUGCGCCUCUACAGUAUAUACCUCUGGAUGGGUGUGCAAUCGUAAUUUUUCAUUCUGUGUUGGCCACAGGCUUGCUUUACAACAUUUUAACGGUUUAAAAGGUAUCUUUUUUCUGAUCCUUGUUCCAUUUCAUGCCAUUGGCAUGCAUGGUGGCAGAUCUUCUGGAUGUCUCUUUGGUGUUUGUACCUAGGGUUACGGAGAGGCUAAUCAGAGUUUGUGGCAUGAUUGGCUGGCAAUUGGAACAGUGCAUGAGAAGAUCCAUCAGACAUAUUGCUUUGUCUGGCAGAUGAGUGCAAGAGCAGGAGGGUUCAGCUCCAGAUCAAGAGCUUGCUUGUGAGUUUUUUUGAGGUUAUGCCACCCUUUGGGAGAAUUAUGAACCCCUCGUUCUCUUUUCUGAGACUCGGCAUGUCUCCCUGUCUGAUGUCUCUAUCCUUUGGAAUACAUGCCUCUAGAAUUUGGGGCUGGUGGAUGCAUCGAGGAGGGGGGGAAAUCGGAUGAUGAGAUGUGCAUUGGAGAAAGGAUCGAAAUGGAUUGCCAAAUGAUUGAGAGGAUGGCUGAACUCCAUGCAAUGUUAUUUUCCUGAGCUGCUUUGCCUUGUGGAUGUGAGGGGGCUCCCAUCUCUCCUGCUGAUGCAGCUGCUGUGUACAUACGACAGACACUGCAGCUUUUGCUGAGUGAAAGGGGAUGAGAAGGAGAUAAGGGGAGAGGAGUGUGCAAAGUUGCAUACAUUUUCCCUUUUCUACAUGCCUGUCCAUUGCCGGCUUUAUCCAGCAAG